AAAGAGUCCUUAUUCCCUUUCCGGCACCAAUUAUCAAAUCUCAAGGAAACCAUCCAUAAAGACUUUCAUGAAAAUCACAGCAUAUUUGUUUUUCCUAUCUCAAAUCUCAACCUCCCAAAAAUGUUGUAUCAACAUCAAUAAAUGCCAAUUGAACUCCACAUUCUAUAUAGAACCCGUACCCUCGUCGCUAUUAUCAGCAUUAGCACAGUAACUAUUCAUCACCACCCAAACCAUCAAUAUGACCUCCACAAAAAUUGGACCCCAAAAGCGCAAAACGUGUACAUGGGAACCCAUCCCCGCAAUAAGCGUUGACUUACUACCACCCGAAGACCAAGAAUCAUUCAAUCAAAACAGACCCAAAAGAGUCAAGCGACAUGGAGCCGAACCCUCUGGAUUCGUCCUGGAUUAUACUCGUGGUCGUCAAGCGGCGCUGAAGAAUAUGGGAAAAGGAAAACCGCUUACGGAUGAAGCGGACGUUGAGAGGAGACAGUCGCGGCCUCUUACAAGUUUGAGACCUACGCCUCUGAUUCCUUGGUUGGUGAAGGAUCAUGCUCCUAUAUUUCCGAAGAAGGGAGCAACUGCGAAACCGCCGGAAAAACAACCAGGAGGAACUGUCCAAAAGAGAAAACCGAAGGUAACCCAGCCAUCCCGUUCCCAAGAUCUUCCCAACAUAGAUUUCAGAGUACCGAUGGCUGCCGGAAACGUUGGCUGGGCGAUGUCACUUGCAGCUGAAAGACAGCGGCAAGUCGAUCUCUCAGCCGGGGAGGCGAUAUCAAUGUACCAAUUGUGCAAACAAGGCGAACUUUUGCAAAAGUUCGAGAAAGAAUUUUGCCAAAAUUCAAUAUAUAAGGACAAAGGAGAAGGCAACACUGGCCAUGUUCAUUGGUUCAUACAAAAUUUGGCACGAAAGCAGGCCGGAGUAGAGCCACGACCUUAUAAUGCGCCUUCUAAAAAGCAAUUGGAGGCACUCUAUGAGAUGAGAAAUACGAAGGAAGGGAGAGAGAAGAUCAUUGCAAAUGCCCGCAGCAUUGGAGAAAAGAAUAAAUGGAUAAAGCCAGGAACACAAGAGAGUCUUUGGGAUAGUCCUCCAAAAUCAAGGUCUAGACCAAAAGCUCCAGUUACAACUGGUGUGACUACGGCUGCUGGUACAAGGAGUACUCAAGCUCAAACACCGUUGCCUCCGUCGAAGACGACAGCAUUGACUUCUUGCCCAGCGACCACAACCGUUCUAUCUCAUGAGAUUCAAGCAGUAAUAGACGGUCUCGUCAAGUCAAUCGAUACGGAUAUUCCUAUUACGCCUGUGCCGCCAAAGACUCAAGCUUCUACCAAAACUAUACCCGGAUCCAUACCCGCAACGACUUCCGCAAGAGGUUAUACACCUGAUCAAGUGACGUCAGUGGGUGAAUACAUGAAAAAUCUUGUUGCAGAACUAUCCGCAAUACCAACCACCAAGGCAAAAGAUGAAACUGAGACUCACACUACUCAGCCUGCAAAAACGUUAGGAGAAACACCAACAGUAACAUCUUCAGCCGCAGCUAAAACAAAAGGAGCUAGUGCGACUUCUCAAAAAAUCAAGGGCGAGGCACCAAAAGGAAUUAAAGAUGUGAUUAGUCCCAUGCUUGAAGGUACUAUCAUUAAUACUACCUCGUCUGUUGAUCCAAAACCUAUUUCUGCCGCUGUAACAACUAUACCUUUACCUGCAGCUACUACUGCUCCUGCUAUUGCUGUUACUACUGCUAUUGCUGUUACUACUGCUAUUACUACUAUUCCUUCUAUUAUCACUACUCCUGCUCCCGCCCCUGCUAUUCGUGUCAAUGCAGCUGCACGUGCCGCUCGAACCGCCGCCGAAAUCGAGAAAGUCUUCGGCAAACGAAGCAGUCUCUGCGUACCACCUCCCACCCUCCGACAAAACAUCGGUUUCCACUAUGUUUCGGAUCUCCAUCUCGAGCAAACCAGUUACGACAGUUUUGACUUCACCCCCAGCGUGGGCUAUCUGAUACUCGCUGGAGACAUUGGAUGGGCGGAUUCAUCGCACGAAGUCAGAUAUCGGAAGUUCCUCGCGAGGAUGUGUGCUAAACCGAGAAUUAAACGUGUAUUCCUCGUAGCCGGGAAUAGGGAUUUCUGGCCCAUUGCCACGAAUACGGUACCAGGUGCAUUGGGGAUGAUGAGAAGAUUCGCAGCGCACCCGGAUAUGAAAGGGAAAUUGACAUUUUUGGAGGAUGAUAGUUUUGUGAUUGAAGAAAAUGGUGGGAAGAUAGUAGUAUUAGGCUGUACAUUAUGGACAGAAACAAAAAGAGGCGGCAGCAACGAGCCACGCGAUCAAAACAACGCCCAGCGAACCGCAAGACACAAAGCCUCCUGCGAAUGGAUCCGCAGAGAAACAGCCAAGAUACGAAGUGAUCCCAAGGAAGUCCUAACGCGUAUACUAAUAAUAACACACAUGCCGCCCUCCAAGAGCGGAACCUCGGAUCCCACGCAGACGGCGAUAAAACCGCGGGAUUUUUCACAGGGUGCUAAGCAUGGUAGUGAUGUUAUUGAUGGGUGUAAGGGGAAUGGUUAUGAUCAUAGUAUGAUUGAGACGACGAUGCCACAGUUGGAUUGGAGGGAUGUCUGGAUUUGGGGUCAUACGCAUUGGAAUGAACAGGUUUAUGGGAGGGUUAGACAUGGUGGGAUGAGGUUUGAGUCUAAUCAGAGGGGUAAUGCUUCGGAAACUCCUAAAACUUAUCAUCCUAGACCUACGGGUGCUUUUCAACCGACUAAGGUUAUUUGGGUGUAGUUCUGAUGGGAAGUCGAGAUUUUUGUGCGUGGGAUCUGGGAGAGAACAAAAAUUUGGAAUAUUAUCUUUUUUUCAUUUUUCAUUCAUCAACUUAUUUAUGUGUAUUCUGUAAUAAUAAUAAUGGCAAGCUGGAAGUACUUAUCUUCUUAAAUGAUGGAAAACCGCUGAAAAUAUCUCACUCAUGAUUACUUGAAAUGUGAAAUUUUCACAGUCCCUGUUUUAAAGGAUCAACAACUUCAUCUAAAAAAGUAUUCUGUAUGCAAGUUUGUUCUCGUGAUGUGAUAAUGAUGUAGCACAAAACUCCUCAGAAACUAGGACUCCACGCAUCAACUUUGUGUAACACUCAUCCACCCAAACGAAGUAAUCUUACUUACACAGACAGCAUUAGUACUCAUCUCAAUUCCUAGAAAAUCCCCGCACAAAAGGCAAUCAUGCACAACCACAACCACAACCACAACCACAACCACAACCACAACCACAACCACAACCACAACCAUAUACAAAUCAGCCAAAAGAAACUCCAAAAAACUUAUCGAUCGAAAAUCAUAACAUUUUCUAACAUAAAUUUUUGCCCAAGUUCGCAAGUCCGCAUACGGUUAAAUCAGUUGCAAGCUAAAUUCUCCAGAUUUAGAAUUUUUCGCAUUGCAUACAUAUGUACAUACAUACAUAUAUAUAGGGUCACUAUAAGCAAGGUUGGUAUGCACUGAUGGUGUUAGAUUGGGGGCUGGUGCUACACAAGUAAAUAUUGAUAUUGAUAUAUGCAGGUUUGACGCUUGAUGCUUGAUGCGGAUUAGAUGGGUACACGACAGGAUGGUUUUUGCGAUCUAUUGAAUUGGUGCGUUUUGGUUGUGUUGUAGCUGUGUGUAAGUGGUUUGCUGGGAGAAAGGAAAGGGGUUGGAUAGGUGGGGUUUUGGUUGUAAUCGAAGGGAUGGAUGGAUUGAUUGGUGGAUGGAUGGAUGAAGGAUGGAGGGGUUGAGGAAAUGGAGUUUGGUGUUACAUAUGUACUAUGCAUAGCUUCGAUGUCAACUAUACGUGGGAUAUCAGUGUUGUUUUGGGAUGAUAUACGUCGAAAUUAUAGUAGAAGUAGAGG